AUGACUCGGGACGAUCGGGUGGCCCCUACCUCAAGUAGCAUUCCCAGUCCGCUCGAAUACGGACCGGACCACGUCUUCAGCCCAGGUACGGGAACUUGGGCGGAUUGGUCUUCCACUACCACCCAGGGGAUCAACAGGACCGAGACCAUGGUGCAUACGGCCACCGCAGUUCACUGGCAAAAUAAUACUUGGGCUCUGUGGGGAGCGAGUAGCACUCCCAAGGAGCGCGGGACGAAAGUCCCUCCCACCACGACCUUUCCCAGUCAAAUACCUACACCAGACGUGGGCUCCAAUACCACCGAACACUGGACGAGUCACGCGCGACCCUCGAGUUCGACUCGUGCUCGGACCGGAGCCGGGGGGACUGAUCAGAGAAGCUCGGCCUGGAACGAUUGGACGAAGAGCGCUGUAUCCAUCACAGUCAUUCCUGCCCCCAGCAAGACACCGACACCGCAGUGGCGCACUACGACGACCGAAGCGUGGAUAGGGUGGACAACUCCAGAGUUCGUGUCCUCCACGCCGACGAUAACCCUUGUCAACUCGAUGAGCGCCACGGACACCCGCACAUCUCUGAGGGCCUCGGAGGGUCCUUCGAAGUCGGGGUGUGCAUGCCGGCCCCCCCAAAUCAAUACUACAAGCUCAGAUUCAUCUACCUGGAGGGAUUGGACGCCUGAAUUAGUGGCGUCAACCACUAACAGUGCCGCCCAAGUCUCCUCAGGCUUACCACACCCGGUGACCGUCCUUACGCCAACUCGCGGGAAUUAUAGCACGACUCUGACACCUUCCAUACCUGUCACAGGCUCAUCUAUCCCCGCCUUCGGCGAUGGAAAUAGGCCCAGAUUGGCCUUUUUCAACUACGUCAUCAUUGCAUUGUUGAUGCUGAUCGGGUAG